UCAGUGUUGUUGAAGAGUGCUAUGGCACAAUUGGUGAAGCUACGUGCACGUAUUAAAAAACACAAAGAAGAAAAGAAGACAAACUCUACAUGUCGUACACUGGAUUAUGAGAGCAGAGAGACGCCUGGUGUGUGAUUAAAGGACCAUCAGCACACUCCACUGAUGGGUUCCGUAAUGACAGUGACAGGGGAGUGACCUCAGUGUAUCAAAGCCACACACGCCUGCAUACGGGCCUGGACAUAGACAGGAUCUAAGCCUUGUUGUCCACAUUUUUGCCUUCAGUUUGUCCUUUGGCUCAUUCAAAACUGUUUCUCCAACGCUUUUACCAAAAACUCAGACUGUUUUCCAAAGCAGAAGUGGCUCAGGCCUCCCAGACUGAAGCAAUGGGGAGCUCACGAAACCACCGUUACAGCAUUGUGUCAUCUGAAGAAGAUGGCAUGAAGAUGGCAACUAUUGCCACUCCUAAUGGCUACGGAAAUGGCGAUGUGAAUAUGAUGCACACAGCGCACCAGCGUCAGAGUCGCUUUGUCAGGAAAGAUGGGCACUGCAACGUGCAGUUCAUCAAUAUGAGUGAGAAAGGCCAGCGCUACCUGGCGGAUAUCUUCACUACCUGUGUGGACAUUCGCUGGCGCUGGAUGCUGAUCAUCUUCUGCCUUUCUUUCCUGGUGUCAUGGUUGUUUUUUGGCUUCAUCUUCUGGUUAGUGGCACUCUGUUACGGCGACUUGGAGAACGAGACUCAGAUAUGCGUUUCCAACGUGGACAGCUUUACUGCUGCCUUUUUGUUCUCCGUAGAAACCCAAACCACAAUUGGUUAUGGUUUCCGCUACGUUAAAGAGGAAUGCCCCAUCGCUGUCUUUAUGGUCGUCUUCCAAAGCAUUGUGGGCUGCAUCAUUGACGCUUUCAUCAUUGGUGCUGUCAUGGCCAAGAUGGCGAAGCCUAAAAAGAGGAACGAGACCCUAAUAUUCAGUUACUACACUACAGUGGCCAUGAGGGAUGGCAAGCUGUGCCUGAUGUGGCGGGUGGGCAACAUGAGGAAGAGUCACCUGGUUGAGGCUCAUGUUCGGGCUCAGCUGCUUAAAUCUCGCACCACCGCUGAAGGAGAGUUCAUCCCUCUGGAUCAGGUCGACAUUGAUGUCGGUUUUGACAGCGGCAUUGACAGAAUCUUCCUGGUGACUCCGAUCACCAUCGUGCAUGAGAUUGAUGAGGACAGUCCAUUCUAUGAUAUGAGCAAACGGGACCUGGAAACGUCAGAAUUCGAGAUUGUCGUGAUUCUGGAAGGGAUGGUUGAGGCUACGGCCAUGACAACUCAGUGUCGGAGCUCCUACGUGGCCAGUGAGGUCCUUUGGGGCCACCGCUUUGAGCCGGUGCUCUUUGAAGGAAAGAAUUUCUACAACGUGGACUAUUCUUGUUUUGACAACACAUAUGAGGUCCCCAGCACUCCCAGCUGUAGCGCCAGAGAACUAGCAGAGAGAAAGUCUGAUACAUCCAGCUGUCAGAACUCUUUUUGUUAUGAGAAUGAGGUGGCUCUUGAAAGAGUAGACAUAGAAGACAAGUUUGAAGAAGAGAAAAUUGGGGAGAUUAAGGGUGUUGAGGCUUGUGCUUUCGGAGGCACACGUUUGGCUGCAAUGCCAGACUGUGAACACAACGUGGACUCUUUAGACCCGAGGUCUUUGAGAACGGAAUCUGAAAUGUGACUGCAGGGUACCAGGUGGAUUAAAAAGUAGCACAGGUGUACUAGUUUUACAUUUUGUCCUGAUUUGUAAAAUAUUUAAAAAAAGAUAUUCACAUGUGGAACACCAUGGAUCUUCACACUCGAUUCCCAGUUGUGCUCCCUGUCUGUGUCAUUGGACAAGAUGCUUUAUAUACAUUGUUUCAGUCCACCCAGGUUUAAAUGUGGUGUUGG